CUCUAUCCAGCAUCUCCACGCACUAUCAUGAAUAGCAAUUUUGAUGAGAGGCACAAACAGUACUACUGGACAGGAGUUAUUAGAGCAAGCACGUUGCUCAAGAAAUCGUCCAUCAGAGAUCUCACGCUGUAUCAAGAUGUACACUAUGCGUUCCUGACAACAAAUAACAUGACUUUGCAGUUCGCAACUAAUGGAAGCAAACGUGCUCUCUGUUUCAGUGAAACAGAAACCACCUCUAUACCACCUUCGACGUUCCCCGUUAAACCUGCCAAUACAUCAACAGAAUUUUCAUCGACUACUGUUCUCACAAAUGUUGAUACAUGUGAAACUAAACAAGAUAUGCGGGAAGACGUACACCAAUCCAAAACAUCAAACAGAGACUUUCUGGCUAUCGGAGUGGGCAUUGGAAUUCCAAUCGGAAUCAUUUUAGCAAUUGGAGGUGUAGUUGCCAUCGGUUGUCUCAGAAAAAGAGGAGUACUGCCUUGUGGGAAGAUCAAGUUGACAGAAGGCCAACCCAACCAAAGACAAGACAUGAAUUAUGAAGACAUCAUUGACAGAAAUGAAAUAAAUGAGAGUUACUGCGUGCUUGACAGAAAUGUUGAUUCUGAUGAAGGAACUUCAAAGUUUGGCACCGCUAGACGCAAGUUCGUGGACGUUUGGGUCCGCAAGGCCAACGCAGAAAUCUUGAAUGCUGGACAACCGCUGCUUCGCCAGCUUUGCCCGGGCGGUGAUUAA